AUGGACAGGAUAGACAAGUAUAAAAAGGUCGAAGAGGACCAGGAAACCGGGAAGGGAAAGGCGAAGUUUGUCCCUCAGGAGAGAAGGGACUCCAGGUCGGACCACUUCAGUAGCAGCAAUAAGCCGAGAAGAGAUUAUACGGAACAAUCGAGAUCCACAGGGGCUCAAGUAGUCCACGCCGUGUUCCAAGAGCCAUUACACGAGAUCAUGGAGAAAAUAAAGCAUGAACCCUUUUUCCAAUGGCCGAAUAAGAUGGCGGGCGACUCCUCAAGACGCAAUCAGAAUCUAUAUUGUGCGUAUCACCAAGAGCCUGGUCACGUUACUGACGAAUGCAGGAACCUGAAAAACUAUUUGGAUCGGCUUGUCCAAGAAGGAAAGCUAAGGCAUCUGUUGCAACGCCCUGAGCAAUCAAAUGUCGAUACCAGGCAAAGCGCUUUGAGGCCACCAAUAGGCACGAUAAAUGUCAUUCUUGCCGCACCUGGGAGAACCGGUUCCGGCCCGUUCAGAGUAAUGUUAGUGGGCAAGUCCCCGGCAGAGCCAGGUGGAAGGGAAUCCAGGAGUGCUAGAGGGAGGGCCCCGCCAUUAAUUGGGUUCACGGAGGAGGACAAGGAGGGAACUAUUCAGCCCCAUGACGACGCCCUAGUCGUGACGCUCAGAAUAGGAGGUAAUGAAGGACCGGCCAUGGAAGUGAGUUGCGAAGAGCUGGAGAAAGUGUUCGUCGGAUCAGACCCCGAGAGAUUUUUCCAGAUCGGCUCGGAGCUACCAGCACAGUAG